AUGAGUCCAAAGCGUCAGUUACGCCAUGAAAGCUAUUCCGUAGCGUUGAUCUGCCCGCUGGAGGUAGAAUUAAGCGCCGCACGGUAUAUGCUUGACGAAGAGCACGAGCCCCUAACACAGAAUCCUCACGACCAUAACGUCUAUAUUUUAGGAACUAUGAGCGGGCACAACGUGGUCAUUGGAUCCUUUCCUCGCGGAGAUAUGGGCCUGACGCGAACGGCGGUAAUUAUAGCACACCUUACUAGGACGUUCGUCCAGGUCGAACUAUGUUUGCUCGUUGGGAUUGGCGGAGGUAUCCCUAGCACUGCAGCUGAUAUUCGUCUCGGCGACGUUGUUGUGAGUGAUCCAGAAGGGAGGUUGGGCGGGAUAGUGCGGUACGAUUGUGACUACAACAUGACAGAGGCUCCCCAGGGCAAGAAAUACACGCCCACACCAGCACCGGAACGAGGUCCUGUCCUGGCGAAGAUGCGGUCUGACCAUCGGGCGCGAGCGCAUCGCAUUGAUGAGUUCAUCUGGGACAUGUUUGGGCGAUACCCUCUGCUCAGAGAGCACUAUAGCAGACCACCAACAUCCAGUGAUUUGCUGUUCCCAACUGACUACUGGCACCCGAACAACGUGACCACAUGCGCGUCCUGCGACAAGGGAAGGGCUCUUGUACGUAGUCCUCGCUCAUCGCCCAAAACAUCGCGAAUAUUCUACGGGAUUAUCGCUUCGGGAAAUUCAGUCAUAAAGAAUGGGGUUACGAGAGACAUCAUCGCUGAGGACUUUCAGGGAGCCCUAUGCUUCGAUAUGGAAGCUGCUGGUACUUUUGGCGACCUGGCAUGUAUCGUCAUUCGGGGUAUUGCGGACUAUUGCGACUCGCACAAGAACGAUGAGUGGCAUGGAUACGCUGCUGCUGCCGCGGCAGCGAUGGCCAAGGAGAUUUUAACCUAUGCAGCGCCGAUGGGACCGGACCUUUCCCCAGACCACGCACUGUCUGUACGCAAAAAGAAUAUUUUGAACAAACUACAGUUGCGGGCAUAUCAGGACGAGAAAAACUCACACGCACGUCCGAUUGACGCAACAUGUCAAUGGCUGACAGUUCACUCGUCCUUUGAGCAAUGGGUGGGCGGGAAGACGCCAGGGCUCCUUUGGGUCUCUUCAGACCCCUGGACCGGAAAAUCCGUACUGGCCAGGCACCUUGUCGACGAAGUACUCUCGAGCUCACCAAGCAGAACAGUCUGCUAUUACUUCUUCACUGAAGAUUACGAGGGCUCACGUCUCUCGCGCGCCAUGUGCUGCAUUCUGCAUCAGCUGUUCGAGCAACAGCCAGAGCUUAUUUCCGAAUCGGUGCUCACUACAUUGGAGUCAAAAGACGUGCCCCACUUUAUGCUAUUCAGUGAUUUGUUUGAAAUGCUCAUUGAUGUUGUUGGGCAUCAAGACGGAGAAGUCAUACUUGUGCUCGAUGCGAUCGACAAGAUCGCCAGCUAUGAGAGGGAAGAACUGGUCAACGAGCUGGUCCGCCGGUUCGACGCAGCCGCCAUUCCCAACUUGAAAAUUUUGUUCACAAGCCGACCAUGUUCCACCACUCAAAGAAGCAUCCAGGCCUUAAAGAACAAGAAUCCUUCCAUCCACAUAUGCGGGGAUGACCGCAUACCAGCUUAUCAGAUUUCGAAGGACAUUGGCACUUACAUUCGACACAGAGCGUCUCAGCUCGCUACGCGGCGUUGUCUUCUUCCACACGAGCACAUUUUCCUCCUCGGCCAAUUGACCUCAAUCCCGAACAAGACAUACCUUUGGGCGAAGUACGUUAUCGACGAGGUCGAAGCAGCGGUGGCAAUCACCACGGGCAGCAUACGCGCGAUGGUGGGGAAUCUGCCUGAUCGUGUGGGACGGGAGUACAGUGAGCUAUUGGAAUGGUCUGCCGACUAUGGCCCGGCCAGAACCAUUCUACACAUGGUCAUGGCGGCUAAGAGGCCAUUAUCUUUAAAAGAGCUUGCGGGUGCGUUGGAGGCGCUUGGAACAGAGCAUGUCCAGGUUGAGCCUAUGCAUCGAUUCAGGUACAGUAUCCGAGGUAUAUGCGGGUUCAUCAUUACUACAACCGACAACGUUAUACGAUUGGUGCACCCAUCUGUCAGAAAAUUCCUUCUCAAACAAAAACACGACGGAUAUCCCUCAUAUACAGCAUGGGAAAAGUCCUUGUGGCCAGGCGAGUCACAUCGAAUCCUUGCCGAAGCCUGCGUCAAAUACCUGCACUUCACCUACACCGGUUCUUAUGAUGGAAAGUGGGAUGAGCUUGUCUCUAUGGUUCCGAAACACCCUUUCCUGCAAUAUGCCGUCCAAAACUGGCACCACCACGUCCGUCUAGCCGACCUAAAUGACGACAGUCCAGUUAAUGAGCUCGUCCUCGACCUUCUGCGCCGCGACGAUGAAGUUCCAUACUUCUGGUUCAUGAAUGACAUGUUUGAUAUAUACAGAGGCAGGUGGACUCCGUUGAUGAAAGCCUCGUUUCUUGGACUUUCCCAGGCGGCGACAAUGCUGUUACAGUCCGACGACCUCAAGUUAAAUUCUGUGCAGAAUAACCGUUCACCCCUAUCACUCGCCGCAGAGAAUGGUCAUGAAAGUAUCGUCCAGCUACUGCUCGACGCGUCUCACCGCCAGGGUAUUUUCUCGCGGAUGUUCAAUAGCCUUCGCAUCGAUGCCCCAGAUACUCUUGGAAGGACGCCACUAUGGUACGCCGCAAAUGGAGGACACGACGCCGUCGUCAGGCAAUUACUGAAUACAGGCAAGGUCAACCCCGACCGCCGGGACAUGGACACCAUGACACCCCUGGGGUGCGGAGCGGCAAACGGCCAUAUCCAGGUCGUACGGCUCCUAGCUGAGCGCGGACUCCAUCUCAACACUCCUGAUGGUCAUAGGAGGACCCCACUAUGGUACGCGGCAGACGGAGGGCAUGCGGAGGUUGUCAGGUUUUUACUUGGUACAGGCAGGGCCGAUCCAGAUCACAGCACGGGAUCUAUCACACCCUUAAUGGCUGCAGUGGCGAAUGGCCAUAUUGAGGUCGUGCGGCUACUCGUUGAGACGGGGAAGGUCAAUCUUGCGGUUCGAGAUAGGAAUGAGACGCCGUUGAUGCGUGCGACACGCAUGGGUAACGAGGAGAUUGCGUGUAUUCUGCGCACGGCAGAGGCCAAAUCUCAUUCAAAGACCAGCACGAUGGAUCCGGAUGCUCAGAAAGAGAAGGGCGUGCUUACCACUACCAAGGAAAUGAGCCUGUACUCUGACGAAGAUGAUACAACGGUAUUUGGCGACGAUGCCACUCUACCCUGGACACCACCUACCCAGCUUGAUAUGACCAGUCCUUUGGCUGAGGAGGAGUAUAAACCCACACCAUUUGAUAUUGCUGUUUCAAAGCUCCGAGUCCGGAGAUGA